AUGAGGCAGAAUCACCUCGGCCGAAAUCCUCCUGAAAUUCCAGGGAGGAGGGAUAAGAGGAACUCGAACCUCUAUUGUGCCUACCACCGGGAUGUUGGGCACGAAACUGAAGACUGCAAUGACCUGAAGCGAGAGAUCGAGAAUUUGAUCCGACAAGGAUACCUGAAGCAAUUUGUCCGCAAGGAUAGAGGCUUCAACCGAAGCGUCUCCCACCGGGAGAACCGGGGCCCCCGCCGAGAGGACAGGCGGGACACGAACAUGCAUUGCCGAGAUCCAGAGGAUCGUAGGAAGGACAAGCAGCCUCCACGCGACGGAUCACCGGGCUACGGCCCCAACAUCGCCGGAGUAAUCAACACGAUCGCGGGUGGACCAACGGGAGGAGACAGCCAGAACUCCCGAAAGCGGACCUUCCGCCAGGCCGAGAUGGAGGUGGCCGAGCCAUGCUCUCGGUUGUCCGAGGUCAUCACCUAUGGUCCCACUGACCCCGUCCCCGCCGCUUCCAGCAACCACGAAGCCCUCGUGAUCGAGGUCCUCACCAACAAUUACAUAGUCAAAAAGGUCUAUGUGGACCCCGGAAGCUCGGUAGACGUAUUGUACUACCGAACCUUCGAAAGUUUGAAACUGACCAGGGAGCAGCUCACUCCGGUCAGGACCCCCCUCGUUGGAUUCGGGGGACACGUGGUCCACCCUGAGGGUAUGGUGUCCCUGAUGGUGACCAUCGGGCGUCACCCCCGCUGUCGGACUAUACCCAUCAACUUCGCAGUGGUCAAGGCGGAUUCCCCCUAUAAUAUGUUGAUAGGGCGACCCACACUCAACGCUUUGAGGGCCGUAUACUCCACCUACCACUUGAGCUUUAAAUUCUCAACACCUGAGGGGGUGGCCGAGGUGAGCAGCGAUGUGGGCACCGCCCGAGAAUGCUACCUCGCCACCAUUCAAGCAGCAGUCACACCCCGGCCCUCGCCGAGGUCAGAAGAGAAGAGGCCGGCGGUCCUCUCCAUAGACUGCAUCGACCCUCAGAAGGCAGGAGAGCCCAACAGGCUUGAACCCGGGGAUGAGGUGGAACAAGUGGUCUUAGAUAAAGCGAAACCUGACCAAGUGGUCCAAGUAGGGGCCGGACUCCCCUCACCCCUGAAAGAAGAGAUGAUCUCCCUGAUCAAGGACCACCGAGACGUCUUCGCGUGGUCCGCAGAUGAAGUGGUCGGAGUGCCACCUGAGCUCAUGAUUCAUCAACUCAACGUUAAUCCACAGGCCCGACCUGUGCGGCAGAAACGAAGGCACUUCGGCCCCGAACGUAGCAAGGCCAUAUCGGAUGAGGUCGACAAGCUCUUGCCCGCCAAGAUGAUCCAUGAGAUCCAGUACCCCACCUGGCUAUCCAAUCCUGUUAUGGUCAAAAAGGAUGCCGGUGGAUGGAGGAUCUGCGUCGACUUCACCGACCUUAACAAGGCCUGCCCCAAAGAUUGCUACCCCCUGCCGAGAAUAGACGCCCUCGUCGACUCGGCAAUGGGGCAUGAGAUCCUCUGCUUCCUAGAUGCCUUCAAAGGCUACCACCAGAUAGGAAUGAGUGAGGAGGACCAAGAGAAGACAGCAUUCUACACCGACCACGGUGUCUACUGCUAUUCUACCAUGCCCUUCGGCUUAAAAAACGCUGGGGCAACCUAUCAAAGGUUGAUCAACCGCCUCUUCAAAAAUCAAAUCGGCCGAAAUGUGGAAGCCUAUGUGGAUGACAUCCUCGUCAAAAGUCUCGCCACUUCAUCCUUCCUGUCAGAUGUGAGGGAAGUCUUUGGUGUCCUGCGAGACUCGAGGAUGAAGUUGAAUCCCAAGAAGUGCGUCUUCGGCGUCACCUCAGGAAAGUUCUUGGGGUAUCUGGUUUCCCACCGGGGAAUCGAGGCCAACCCCGACAAGGUCAAGGCCAUUCAGGACAUGUCCCCACCUCGGAACCUCCGGGAAGUCCAACGGCUGAAUGGACGCCUGGCCGCGCUGAAUCGCUUCCUAUCCCAAUCAGCUGAGAAAGCCCUGCCCUUCUUCAAGUACCUGCACCACCUACCCACCCUCGCUUCACCUCGGCCCGAGGAGAAGCUCUACCUCUACCUCUCCGCAGCGGAUGAGGCUGUCAGCGCCGUGCUCAUCCGGGAUGAGGGCACUCAAGUGCCAGUCUACUAUGUUAGCCGAGCUCUCCGUGGGCCGGAGACUCGAUACACUCAAGUGGAGAAACUUGUGCUAGGACUAGUCCACGCCGCCCGGCGACUAAAGCCCUAUUUCCUAGCUCAUCCCAUCUCCGUCAGGACUGACCAGCCUCUACGACAGAUACUGGUGCGGCCCGAGGCCUCCGGACGCCUCACUAAGUGGGCCGUUGAGUUGGGGGAGUACGACUUGUCGUAUGAGCCGCGCACCGCCAUAAAAGCUCAAGCCUUAGCCGACUUCUUGGCCGAGCUCACCUUCACGGAAGGUCGAGAGUCCACCUCCGCCAUUGCCGAAGUGUCCACCUCACACUUAUGGACGUUGUAUGUGGACGGAUCCUCUAAUGGAGAUGGCAGCGGAGCAGGACUGCUCCUGGAGGGCCCCCAAGGAGAAGUGUGCUCGUACGCCCUACGCUUUGGCUUCUCGGCCACCAACAAUGAGGCCGAGUAUGAGGCCUUGAUCGCGGGGCUCCAACUAGCCCGCAGGCUCGGCGCGCAGCAGAUCCACGUCCGCAGCGACUCCCAACUCGUAGUCUGCCAAGUCCUUGGUGAGUAUGAGGCCAAGGACGAAACCAUGCAACGGUAUCUAUCCAAAGUCCACCAACUUAUCGCAUACUUCGAAUCUUUCGAAGUACAACGAAUCCCCCGCUCCCAGAAUAGGCGGGCCGACGCCCUAUCCCGGUUGGCAUCCACCUCAUUCUCUGACCUCAACAAGACCGUUUUGGUAGAAGUAUUGAGCGAGCCGGCGUACAUGGAAGAGGUGGCCUGCCCCGUGAACACGGGAGAGACAUGGAUGAGCUCAUUCAUCCUUUUCUUAGGGCAGGGAGUCCUCCCCGAGGACCGAGCCGAGGCGAGAAAGAUACAGCGCAAAGUAGCCCGGUACGCCCUCCGCGAUGGAGAACUGUAUAAACGAUCAUACCUUGGCCCAUGGCUGAAGUGCGUUACACCCGAGGCAGGACGCCAGAUCCUCCAUGAAAUACACGAAGGCCUAUGCGGGGCUCACGUCGGCCAUAGGAUGUUAGCCAGGAAAGCCUUACUUCUAGGGUAUUUCUGGCCCUCGGUUCGACAAGAUGCCCAAAAUCUCGUUCUCAGCUGCCCAUCCUGCCAAAUCAUCAUCUCGGACAAUGGGAGACAGUUUGCUGAGAACCCCUUCAAGACAUGGUGCGAGAACCUCGGCAUCAAACAACACUUCACUUCGGUCGGCCACCCCCAGGCCAAUGGUCAGGCAGAAAAUUUCAACCGAACUCUCUUGCAUGGCCUCAAGACCCGACUACACCGAGCCGGAUCAUCUUGGGUAGAAGAACUCCCCAGUGUCCUGUGGUCAUAUCGGACCACGCCGAGGUCGUCCACGCAAGAGACACCCUUCUCUUUGACCUAUGGGGCCGAGGCCGUCAUCCCUGCUGAGAUCCUUACACCCAGUCCUCGGCUAACAGCCUAUGUAGCCGAGGUGAAUGGAGAAGAGAGGCAGUUAGAUCUCGACCUCAUCGAUGAGAGAAGGGACACUGCCUCAGCUCGGGUGGCAACCUACAAGAACAACCUGGCCCACUACUACAAUGCCCGCGUCAAGCAUCGGCGAUUCCGGCCAGGAGACUUGGUGCUUAGAAAAAACUCGGUUAGCCGAGCUGAGCCGCAAGGCAAAUUGGGCCCGAAAUGGGAAGGCCCUUACCGAGUUGUGAAGUCUAGCCUAAGUGGCUAUUGUAAAUUAAGUUACCGAGAUGGCUCUCUAGUACCGCGAACUUGGCACGCCGAAAACCUCAGGCUGUAUUAUGUUUGA